GAGUUCAUCAAGGGACAGAAACAGUUUAUUGGGGACUGGUCAUGGACAACUCUGCUGUCAUUCUGCUUGUCCUUCUCCUGGGGACGCUGAACACAGUCCAGUGUCAGUAUGAAGAGACUAAGUCAGAUUUUGAAGGGAGUAGCCCAAUUGAUGAUAUCCCUGAGGAGGAGAAGUACACUGUGUCUGCUCUGAUUGAAAGGGCCAACGAGAAUGUAGGGCAAGCGUUGGAUGAUCCGGAGAUCACAGAGGGUGAUAUUGCAGUGGACACAGGAUUCAAGAAUGCUGCCCCCUGUACGUCCCGCCGUUUCUUCAACUGCAAAUGGCAUCGCUCCAAGGACGGCAACGUCUAUGUGCCCUACGUCAUCUCCAACCAGUACUGGCUGGGCUGGACCAAUGAUUUCAAAGUUAGUGCCCAUCGCGAUCCCCCCGUGAGAAGGCCACUAUUGUCAAGACCUUUUGCAGAGGUCACCUGCAUCCGCUUCCGACCACGCAGAACAAAAAUGUUCUCCAAGGAUAGAGACUACUUGAACAUCAAGUCAAAAAGAGGGUGCUGGUCUUCCGUGGGGCGUAAACGUAGGCGGCAGACCGUCUCCCUGGCUCGACGAGGGUGUUUGCACCGUGGUGUGAUCCAGCAUGAGCUUCUGCACGCCCUGGGCUUCCACCAUGAACAGGCGCGCAGUGACCGUGACCAACACGUCCGUAUUCUCUACGAAAACAUCAAAAAAGGACAUAAGCACAACUUCAAAAAGAUUAAGACCAAUAACUUGGGCACCCCCUAUGACUACGGUUCAGUCAUGCAUUACUCAAGGUUAGCCUUCUCCCGCAAUGGGAAACCCACCAUUGUCCCCAUCCCCGAUGAGAAUGUGCAGAUUGGGAAGGCCACCCAGAUGAGCAGCUGGGAUAUUGCCCGAAUCAACCGCCUCUAUGGAUGUAGUCAACGGUCUUACUCUGGUAGAGCUCUGAAUAUUGCUCUAGGCCUCAACCCAAAAGAAGAGGCUUUUCCAGCUCAAUUAACCCAUUUCACAGCAUCCAGGUGUCCAGCCUCACUGAUGUUAACAAUGCCUUAUUUGGCAGGGUAAAGCAUCUUCCUGUUUCUGUCUUUCCUCAGGACUGUGAGGAAGUUGGUUUACACAAUGGCGACAUCUUGUGACAUGAGCUGGUUGCAAAAAUAAACGUUGUUUGAAUAAAUAA